GGGGCGUGGCUUGGCGCCGGACGAGAAUGGCCGCCUAAUCUCCUCGCUCCGCUCCCGACCGCCCCAUAAGCACAUCUAAACAGCGCAAUCUGGCACCCAUGGGACGCACCAAGCGAGCCCAAAUGACCCCCUCCACGCCAAGAACUCAGGGGAACAACCCGCACCCCUCGAUCAGAAGCUACCUGCACACCCCAGGCGAUCUUCUCACACAGGAGGAACUAUCCAAUAUGGCGCCCUCCUCACCGAGCUCCACACUAUCGGAAGAAGUCCCCAACACUGGAACGAACGGAACUGCCGCGCCAGCACCAGACUGGUAUGCCCUUUAUGCAUCCCUACCUAAGAAGGAGGACUUCCACUCCCUCCUGGAAGAGGUUAAAACCACGCUGCACACAGAAAUAUCAGCUCUGGGCUCCUCCAUUACAGCACUAGAGACCAGAGUGCAGGCCCUGGAAUCACGACGCCCCGACCUGCCCUGCCCGGCGCUCGCAGCCACGACAGCACAGGCUAAACAGAUCCAGGACCUACGCUUACACAUUGAAGACCUGGAUAAUCGCAGCCGCAGACACAAUAUACGGGUAAGAGGAUGCAGGGAAACAGACCCCCCAGAAGACACGAGGGCCAUUUUGACACCACUCUUUAACCGUAUCCUGAACCGGCCAAGAGACGCCGCAUCCCCAUAGACAGAGCACACAGGGCCCUGAGGCCUAAGCCCCCGCCAGGUGCCCCUCCUAGAGACAUAAUUUGCCACAUCCCAGACUUCCAACUUAAGGAAGAAAUUAUGAGGAAAGCCCGGACGGAGAGGUCCUGGAGGCAUGAGGGGCAGACGGUCGAACUAUAUAACGACCUCUCCCACCUCACCCUACAGGCCCGAAGAGCGCUGCGGCCCCUUACCACCGCCAUGCAGGAGGCCCAAAUACGCUACCGCUGGCAAUUCCCAUUUGCCCUAACAGCUCGGCGAGAUGACACCGAAGCCACGAUAAGAUCACCACAAGACGUACAAGCCUUCCAAGAAGCCCUUGGCCUCCCACAAAUGCCCAUCGCAGACUGGACAAAUUGCCCGAUGAAUGAGCGCUUCACAGGGCGACCAACCCGCCGCCACAUCCAGCAGGGACCAAACGCUGAAUUUACCUCUCUACAGCAAGCGAGCCCAGAGGAAUAA